ACUAGUCCAGGAUGACUUACUUUAGACUCCUUCCUUCUCAGCUUCAAAUCAACUAACUUAACUUAACUUAAGGUAACUAACCCAACUGCCAACACACACUAACACUGGCCCACUUUCGCUGAAGAACGACAACAACCACCGCCCCCCGUCUCACUCAUUCUCCUUCACCAAUUUGCUAGUCUAUCCGAUCUUGUUGAGCAUGAACCGGAGACAACCUCCGAGACGUCAUGCCUGUGUUCGUUGCGUUCGUCUCAAAGUGCGAUGCCAGCCUGUCGAAGGCACUGGCACCUGCGUUCGUUGCACAAGGCUAGGCCAGUCGUGCACCCUCCCCGAUGGCUUACGCGCCAGCAGUCGACCCAGGAAAACCCGCAUUGAUGCCCUCCAGGAACAGAUCGAUAACCUGGUCACCCAACUAGCCACAAAGCAAGCGGCCAAUUGUCAGGAACUCUCCCAACCGACCACGAAGCCCAAUACCAUCGAUUCGCCUGACCCGUACCAAAAGGACUCGACUCCUCACAAUGCUCGGAGUGACGGCGAAGCGGAGCCGCUGUUCGGCUAUUUGUUUACUCUCGAGGAAGCUGACGAGCUUCUGGCCAAGUUUCGCGCCCAGAAGAUGCAUCACUUCCCAUUCGUCAUUAUUCCACCCGAGAUGGACGUCGCCUCUCUGCGCGAUCAAUACCCCUUCCUGCUCACCUGCGUCGUCUGGGCUUCGCUAGAGCACAAUGCCUCAUUACAAUUGCGGAUGGAAGGCGUCAUCCGGCAGACGAUCGCAACCCGGGUCUUCGUCAACGGCGAACGGAACAUGGACCUGCUUCAGGGACUGCUAGUGCAUUCGGCUUGGUACCACUAUCACUGGAAGAGUAUGCAUGAGCACCAGUACCUACUGUUGCAAGUGUUGCCGAUCCUGGUCUACGAUGUUGGUCUCGACCAAGACGAUAUGGUCAAGUUGCAGCUGCAGCCAGGUCAAAUCAGUGAGCCCCGGGAAGGGAAACAUCACAUCAAUCCGGCGGGUCAACGAGCACUCCUGGGUUGCUAUUAUCUAUGUCACAAAUCGUCUAUAUUCCGGCGACACAUGAACAUGCGCCACACAAAGUGCAUCGAUACCUGUCUGACCAAUCUCACAACAAACCCCGAAUACCCAAGUGACAUGCUUCUGAGAACGCUCAUCGACACACAACCGUUGAUGCGCAAGUCUCACUCCCUGCUCGGCGACGAACUGAACUACUGCAACGACCAAUGCCGGGAUGCGACUUGGGAACAGAUCCUCACGGCGGUGGUCACAAAUCAGAAAGACCUCGGCGAUAUCAAGGCGCGCCAUAGCCUGCAUGGCAAUUGGGCCUUGCGCAUCGAACUCGAUGCAUUCCCCAUGCUGAUGCUCGGCCACUUUCUCCGCCGACAGAAGGACGCCUUCUACUUGCGCGACAUCAACCAGCUCCAGCCGCUGGCCAUCUCGGCCCACCGCGUCGCGGCCACCUUCCUGGCUGUUCCGUCCGCCGUGGUCGUGCACCUACCGAUCUCAACGUACACAACGUGGUGGUACUCGAUGGUCGUGCUGGCCAAGUUGGGCCUGUCCUUCGGGAUCUACAGCCAGCUGCCGACCGACCUAGGCACGAAGAGCGUGCACGAGGUGGUCCUUGCCACUGUCCACCGGAUUGAAGGGUUCUCGCUCGGCGACGACUUGUGGUCGGGUUGCAAGAAGGCCAUCGCCAAGCUGCUGGAGUGGCUGGAGAAAACCAGCAACGAGACCCCGCGCUCCUUCAUGCCCCCGGCCAACAAUCCGCUAAUCGGCACCACCGAUCCAUCCCCCAGUCUCAUGUCCUUGCCGACCGCUAUGCACUAUCCAGGUCAGGUGAUCCCGGACACCGUGCCUCCCGUCGGGAAUUCCUACCAGAUGCCGCCGGACCAAUGGCAGUCUCCUUUGAUGCCGUCGGCCAUGGCGUCCGGCCUCGAGUCGGACAUGGUGGGCAUGGGCAUGGAUUAUUUUAUCGUGCGACACAUGAUCGACGAACUCAGCUUGUUCGGCUCUGCGGCGCAACAUACCUUUGUGUCGACGGUGGAGGUCUGAAGGCUUUUCUGGUGGCAGUAGGGUCCAUCGACUGGGAUUAUAGGGGUUCAUCAGCUGAACGACUUGCUUCCUAGUUAUACGGCAUUUGUAUAUGAAUGCGGCGUUUUUGGUUAU